AUGGCUUCCUGCAGUCUCGCGCGGCGCGAUUGGCCCGCGGACUCCCGCCCCUCGGCCAAUCCCCACAUGGGCCGCAUCCCAUCAAGCGCACACCCACGUGAAUGGAUCCCGGGCGCCCCGGCGGGCAUUCGCAUGCCCAGAUCCCGCCGCUUGGGCGCGAUGGCUCCCUGCGGACGUGCACGCCGAUCGGUCCGGUCGCUGCGCGUGGCCGCCGUUGUGAAUUGGGAGGGCAACGGCAGCGGCGGCUUCGAUGCGACGCCACAACCCGCAUCCCUUGAUGCGCCGCCCGCCUUCCGGCAGUACGACUUCGCGGUGGUGGGCAGCGGCAUCGCGGGGCUGACUUACGCAUUGAAGGUGGCGGAGUACGGCAGCGUGGCUGUGAUUACGAAGGCGCAGGCGGAGGAGGGGUGCACGCGGCACGCGCAGGGCGGGAUAUCGGCGGUGCUGGGAGGCUGGGACUCGGUGGAGGAGCACGUGCGGGACACUAUGGUGGCCGGGGCGUUCCUCAACAAUCGACGGGCGGUGGAGGUGGUUUGCCGUGAGGGCCCAGCGCGUGUGAUGGAGCUGGUGCGCCUGGGAACCAUUUUCUCCCGCAAUGAUGAUGGCUCGCUGCACCUCACACGUGAAGGCGGCCACAGCAGUCGCCGUGUUGUGCAUGCCGCCGAUGCCACUGGUGCAGAGGUGGAGCGCGCGCUUCUGGCGCAGGCACGGGCCAACUCCAACAUCGACUUCUUUGAGCACCACCUAGCAGUGGACCUCGUUGUGGAUGAGGUGGGCGGUGUGAGACACUGCUUGGGCGUGGACGUACUGGACCAGCAGAACCACUCGAUGUGCAGGUUCAUCGCACUGUCAACGAUGCUCGCCACAGGGGGCGCUGGCCAGGUCUACCCCCACACAACCAACCCGAGCGUGUCCACAGGCGAUGGCAUAGCCGUCGCCUACCGCGCCCGGGCCCGCGUUGCCAACAUGGAAUUUGUGCAGUUCCACCCCACAAGCCUCUUCACGGGUGGCAAGGCCAAGCGCUCACCCCUAAUCUCAGAGGCCGUGCGUGGUGAGGGCGGCCUGCUGUUCAACAGUGCUGGUCGGCGGUUCAUGCUGGAUGUGGACAGGCGGGGCGAGCUGGCGCCACGUGACAUCGUGGCACGGGCCAUCCAGGAGGAAAUGCUGGCCGGUGGGGACAGCCAUGUGCUGCUGGACAUCAGCCACAAGCCAGCGGAGAAGGUGCUGGCGAUGUUUCCAAACAUUGCUGCCAGGUGCCAGGACUUUGGCAUCGACAUUACCAAAGAACCCAUCCCUGUGGUGCCCGCUCAGCACUACAUGUGCGGCGGGGUGCAGACCGGCCUGCUGGCUGAGACCUCCAUCCAGGGCCUGUACGCCUGUGGCGAGGUCUCCUCCACGGGCCUCCACGGUGCCAACCGGCUGGCCUCCAACUCCCUCCUGGAGGGCCUGGUCUUCGCCCACAGGGCGGCCGGCCCCAGCGUUGCACACGCCGAGCACGCCCUCAAGAGCUGCAGCCGCGCCCUACAUUACGCAGCGGCAUCUGCCGAGUUUGCCGGGCCCCAGGGCCCGCGCCAGUUAGUCCCUCAGGCCAAAGAAUGGGUGGAUGAGAAAACCGCCGAGCUGCGUGCACUGAUGUGGGACGCCUGCGGGAUCGUGCGCACAAGGGAGAAAAUGAAGAUGGCUGCAUCGAGGCUGGCAGAGAUCUGCGUGGAGACUAAGGCGUUCCGGAAGGCCUAUGGGGUGAGCACAGGCCUGCUGGAGCUGCUCAACAUGGCGACGGUGGGUGAGCUGGUGGUGUUCAGCGCGCUCCAGAGGAAGGAGAGCCGGGGGGGCCACUACGUGGCGGAGUACCCGGAGACGGGGGAGAAGGUGGAGUCCACGAUCAUCAGCACGUCGCUGAAGCGCCGGUGCGACUUGUCCGUGGUGAAGCGCUCCGACCAGUUGUCGGCGUUUCUGCCCACGGUGGCCAAGAAGGGCCAGGCGCGGGACAUGGCAGUGCGGUCGAGCUCGAGCGAGUGA